UAGAAGUGUAUAUUUAACCACAGUGACGUAUACGGUUACGUAACUGCAUAUUCAAAAGAACUGAAAAAUGCUUUGUUUUGUUUUGUUUUGACAGUAAACAAAACAAAUGAAAGUAAUCCUGCUUCUAUGUGGACUCGAGCAACGUCCCUGUCGAUUCCGUGUGUGUCCUGGACCAACUUCACGACUAUUAAAUACGACUUCAGGCAUAUUUUAAUUAUAACUGAGGAGAAAGAAAAUGGCUACAAUAUCAGCGAAAGAUACACACAAGAAAAGAUUUCGCUUUGCAGAUCCUCACAGGGGAUUCAGAAGUCGACAUGUUUUACCCAGAGACAUGCAGACUCCAUACAGACGUGUGUUUGGACGACAGCGUGGUAUAAAGGGGUCAAAAGAGGUCCAAGCUCAGCGGUCAGCAGAGCAUGAAUUCCAUCCACACUAUCAGCAAGAAUUAGCAACACGCAGAUGCAGAGGUGAUGAGUCAAAUUUUAAGACACUUCUGUUGAACAUGAUGGUAAAGGACCUACAGCCAUUAAGCACCGUGAAAGGAGCUUUGUUCCAAGAACUCACAAAGAGUCUACAGCCAUCUUUGGAAAUUCCGUUAAAUGCCUCUUUGAUUCGAGCUGAACUUCAGAGACUUUAUAGACACAAGAGAAUGGAAGUACAGAAUGCAGUCAAUAAUGCAAGUAACCUUGUUCUCUCAGCUGAGCUGUGGAGCUCAAAUGAGUCACUGUUCUAUCUGACAGUGUCUUGUCAUUUAAUCAACGAAAAAUGGGAGCUGAAAUCUUACAUGCUAGAUACAGCUCACUUGCUUGCCGAGCGUACAGCAGACAAUAUCGUACAGCAACUUUUGAGAAUUGUAAAUGAGUGGAACAUCACAGAGAAGAUUCAGGUGGUAGUCACAAACGUUGACGGUAUGAAGAAGGUCCAUAAAAAUGGAUGUAGGUGGAUUUAUAUACCUUGUCUUGCCCAUACUCUGGAUAAAGUGUUUAGAGAAGCCAUAGUUGACUCUGACUGGAGAUCUCUGCUGAGGAAAUGUCAGCAUAUAGUUGCGUUUAUCCACCAAAACAACCAAGCCUCACAAACUCUCCAACAAAAUAAACUAACUCAGAGCACUUGUCUACAGUGGCUUCCUACACUCCAUAUGCUCAAAAACCUCCUAGAACAAUGGCCAGCCAUUUUUAAGGUUUUUGUCCACAGACGAGACGAUGGUCUUUGCCUGAAUGAAAAUGAAAGAAGAAUAGUUGAAGACAUUGUAGCAGUGUUGAAUAUUCAGAAGAAGGUUACAGAGGAAAUAGGAAGACAAGGGUACAGCCCCAUUUCAAACAUAAUACCACUGGUCCAAAAGCUGCAGGAGAAACUGAGAAACCUGGGGAUGAUGGGAAACAGAAUAGCGCAGAAACUGUCUGUAAAGUGUGACCAUCAUAUCGGCAACAUCAAAAAACACCUUUGGUUCAGAGUUAGCACAGCGCUGGAUCCACGAUACAAAACCAGUGUGUUAUGGGACUCUGGUGUUGAAGAUGUGAAAACAGAAAUCAGGAAACAGAUCAGGAGAGAAUCACACACUGAGCACGGCAGACGUGACACUGAAAAUGAAGAGUUGGCCUUACGGAAAUACUGGAAAAUAACCGACACUUCAAUGAAUCCACUUGAAUUCUGGAGGACCAAAGAUGAGUUUGAAAAACUGGCAAUGGUUGCCCGCAAGUACCUCACAGUGGUUUCCACUGCAGUUCCAAUGGAGCGUGUAUACCAACUGGAAGAAUCACAAAUCGUCAACAGGAGAAACUGCUUGGAGGUAGAAAAUGUCAAUAUGAUAUUGUUUUUGAAUAGCAAUUAAUAAAAAGCGACAUUAAAUAUUUGCUUAUAUUGAAAUAUAAAAAAAUAAAUAAAAUCUGUUUGGAACAGUUUGUCAAAAUGUUCAUAAUUUUAACAGAAAAAUAUGUAAAGAUGAGGCAGAAAAUAACUUUUAAAUGUUGUGCUGGUAGUUACCCUACCAUGCACGGUGAAAACAUCUCUCUCUCUCUCUCUCUCUCUCUCUCUCUCUCUCUCUCUCUCUCUCUCUCUAUAUAUAUAUAUAUAUAUAAAAAUGCAUUUUCUUUUCUUCUUAAUUUUUUUUUUUUAAUUUUAUAGAAUAUUUUGUAAAAACAAAAAAUGUUUUAGUAGUACAAAGUAUGAUUCACCUUAUAUUUGACUCAAAAUGUAAAUAUGUUUAAGGAAUGUUUCGGGUUCGAUACGUUAAUCUGAAUCUACAGCAUUUUUGCCUCGUCCCUGUUUUUCAUGGUUACAGAAAGACACUUAUAAUGGAAUUAAACAGGGCCAGUCUAUUACCAUUACACUGUACUCUGCUUCAAAAGUAUAGCCACACAACAUAGCCAUUGUACAUAUUAGCAUGAUUUUAGUGUCCAUCAGGGCUGUAUUAAGGCAUGAACAAAGUGUAUAUGGAAGGUGUAAUUUUGUAAAUAUGUUGAAUGUAAAUUCUGAAUGUUUAUUGUAAAUGUGUAAUUUAUUGUACGUCAAAAGAUCAUUCUUCAAUUGGUAAAUGAUAGACAGAAUUUGUAAUAAUGCUACUUUUUUAAUUAAUAACCAUUAUUGCUAUGUAUUUAAAAAAAAAAAAAAAAAAGUAUAAUGCUUUAUGCUGUAAAAUGGAAGCUUAAAGAUAUUUAGUUUUUAAAAUAACUUAUGUCUGUGGUGUUACAGGUAUUAGGAGUGAAAUUCUGGUAUGUAUUAAAAUAAGUACAGUAGAUAAAUGCAACAUUUGGGAUUUAUUAAAAGAAAUCAAUAACUUUAAGAACUUUAAGAACUAUUUUCUUUAUUGAAAUUACUUCUAAUUUUUUCCCAGCUUAGACCCUAUUUCCAUCAAGGGAGAUGUUAUCUCUAUUUAAUUUGAAAUAACUGAAAAAAACAUUUUAAGAUUUGAAAACAUCAAAUAAUAACAUUGAUUGGCUCUGAAGGAUUUAUUUAUUUAUUUUCAAUUUUAAGUAACACUACAGACAACUUACAUUGCGCUAAUGUUUCUAUCUGUAUAUUGUCUGUGUGGAGUUUCUAUGGAGUCUGUGGCAUUGCCAUGACAGACAGCAACACAGACAGCAACACCACAGACAUAUUUGUACAAAUCUGGACUUUCUAAAUUAGAGGCUGCCAUCGUGAUAGUUUCAAGGUCAGGGGACAUUUUGGAAAUAUUAAUAAUAUUAUACAAAUUUGUAUUACAAUCUAUCACAUCUGUUAAUUUUGAUUGUAACACCAUAGAGUCUGAUACAGUGUGACAAAUAAAGGGAUAAUUCACCCACAAUUUUAAAUUAUCUCAUCAUUUACUCACCCUCAUGCAAUCCCAGAUGUGUAUGACUUUCUUUCUUCAGCUGAACACAAUACAAUGCAUGUGAAUGGUGACCAGACCUUUCAAGCACCAUAAAUAACAUAAAGGCUGCAUAAAAGUAAUCUAUACGACUCAAGUGGUUAUAUCUAUGUCUUCUGAAGCAAUGCAAUUGUUUUGGGUGAGAAACAGAUCAAUAUAAAAUAUGUAUUUUUUUUACUAUGCAUCUCCACUUUCACUUUUAGAAUUUGAAAGCAAAAGUGGAGAUUUAUAGUAAAAAAGGACUUAAAUAUUGAUCUGUUUCUCACCUACACUUAACAUAUCUCUUCUAAAGACAUAGCUUUAACCAAUUAAGUUGUUUGGAUUACCUAUAAGCUGCCUUUGUGUGCUUUUUGGAGCUUAAAAAUGUAUUUUCACCAUUCACUUGCAUUGAAAGGACCUACAAAGCUCAAAUAUUCUUCUGAAAAUAUUUGGUUGUGUUCCUUAAUAAUAUAAUUAAUAUAUACAUGUUAAAUAAAUAUAUCUUUGUAAUAUAACCACUUUAUGUAUUUUUUUAAUUUUUUUAAAUACAUUGUUGCAAUUAAAU